AUGACCUGCAAAGCUUUGCAAAUUCGGAAGAGCUGCUUCAUCCCAAGUUACCAAAAUGUGGGGCCCAUCGGAAGCAGCGGCGAGGAAAAACUUUACACAGGAAGCUGCACUAGCAGUCGCCGCCGUAGCAGUGGACGCCCCAGAAGGAGCAACAGAGGGGAACAGAACAAAUGGAUCGUGUUCAGCAAAAAUGACGAGAUAGAGGAAACCAGGAAACCACAGGAACAACCGAGCGAUGAUUAUAAAAUGGCGAGAAAGAAGAACUUCAUAAAAAAGUAUGAAGUGAAACGGGAAGAAGUGGAGGCCUACAUAGAACAAAUGAAGAGAAACUCCACUAGUGGAUAUGAACCUCAAUUUCCGAAGGACGCUUUUAGGACCCCAGAUGGAUUAACAAAUGUCAUUUUGGAUUAUAAAUACAAGAAUGAUAAUUUGAAGAUUCACAAUUAUUACUCCUUUUUUAACUUAAAGUAUAAUAAAAAAAAAAAAAAAAAAAAGAUAAAUGGGCCAAAUGAGCCAAAUCAGCCAAAUGGCGAGGAAGACCAAACAGACAGGGACCCACUAAUUAGCGUACAAGAUUUUCUCUUCCUAAAGAGCAAGGGAUUCUUUGAAGGAGAUUUGUACACGUGGAAAAAUUGGGUCCUUCUCAAUCGAGGGGAGUGGGAAGAUUGCAUCGGCUACGGAGAAGUAGACAAAGAAAAGGAAUACCAAAUAGAGACGAUGCGAAAAAUGGUGGAGCCCAAAAUGAAGAGAAUGCCCAUAGAAUACUGGGGGAGCUUCAGAGCAAUCGAUUUCAAUGUGAAUCAUUACCCGAUUUAUAAGAAGCUGUUUGACUACUUUGACAAGAUCAAUGUGAGUGGUAGCGAGCCGAACGAGAAGUUUUACCCCUUCCUCUUCUACCCCCGGUUUGCCGUGCGCAGGGAUAGGUCGGGGCUGGGCUACGGGGAUGCGCAGUUUUUCGGCAACUACGGGGACAUUUACAAGAAGCGCGAGGAACGCCUGCGCAGGUUAAGCGGCGUGGACAGCAGUCGUGAUCGCGUUGAUCGCAGCGGUGAUGGCGAAGGGAUCACUGCAGACACAUCCGGGGAGAGGGAAAGCGUGGUGCACUCCAGCCUGCACCGGGAGAGUUUCAUAGACAAGUAUGACUUCGGGCCGAACGACAUCAAAGUAGAGGAAGCAACGGACAUAAUCAAAUACCCACAGAACGGCAGGCUCUACCAGAAGUUCUACAUAGGACCCCUAAACAUAACCGAUGGGCAUACCUUCGGUACUCUGUUGAAAUACGUUUGUCAGACUCAGAUAUAUGGAUACGCCAUAGUCGCGAUUAAAAUUCACAAUAUGAAUGAAGAUACCCGAAUUGACAACGUACAGGAGGACCUCCUAGAAAUUGCCCUCAAUUUAUCGGACGUCUGCAUAUACAGCAAAGAAAUAAAUAUAGAGACAAACGUACGACUCAUUUUUAAAGGCCCCUUGAUGUUAGUAGCAGGGAUGAUACCCCUGCCAUCGCACCUACAAGUAGUCAACAAGGAGCAAUACAUAUGCACACUGAAGGAGGAUGGUCAUUUGGACAUUUCGAUAAAAAUUGAAUAUGGGAAAGGUCACUGGUUGACAUACGAGAAGGGAUUAUAUAAAAGGGAACUCGGUUCUGACAACGAAUGUAUGAAGAAAAGACAAGUGAAGGAAGUUAUCGAGAAAAAUUAUAUGCCUAUAAGUGCUAGCUUUGGUAGCUGCCGUAUGGUACGUAUGGCUGUACAUAAGAUCGCCACUAAAUAUUGGUGUGAAGAUAGGUGUGAGUUUACCGACCCGAAACAAAUGCUCGUAAUGGAAAUAUGGACCGACUGUAGGAUGCUGCCGAAGAAUGUGUUGCUGUAUGGAAUUAAAAAUAUAAAAAAGAUUUUGAGAAAGUUCAGGGAGAUGAUAAUUUCGGACACAGAUUUCCCUUCCGAUGUGGAGGACGAGGAGAUGAAGAACCUCUGGCCCGCCAUUGACCGGUACAAAUUUCUGCAGACCAAGCAGAAGAUGGAGGGAGGCCCGCCCAUCCACGACGUGGACGCGGAGAGUGACACGGGCGGAAGCAGCGUAGCGGGGGACGGGGGUGUCCAGAGCGACCAGCAGAGCCAAAUUGGUAGCCAAGUGGGUAGCCAAAACCUGCUGGACUCAUUUUCGCAAAAGCUGGUAGACCCGGACAACUUCCCCAAGCACUCAAAUAUCGUCCUUCCGCUGGAGGACACGCCGCCGCCCUACCUGGACACCCUGGAGUGGCUAAAAAUGGAGGUAAAGAAAGACCGAAUUCGCAAGAAGAGGAAGGGUUCCCAGAAAAAAGCUUCCAAAGCGCCUAACAGGCGCACCUUCGAUUAUGACGACUACCUGGAUGACAGAUUGGGCGACAUACUGGAUGAGGGUUGA